CCGGCCGCAGGUGCGCUCGCCCGUGCGCGUGGCCGCGUGGUAAUUGGUCCCCGCGCUGACUUCCGCGCGGCGCCGCGGCCGCCCUCCCCGCCUCCCGGCCCCCGCCGCGCCUCCCCGGCCGCGCGCGUCGCGGGCCCUCGGCGCCAGUCGCUGACAGCUGCGGCGCUGCGGGCUGCUCCCGUCCUCCGGAGGCAGUUUUCAAGGCCUCCUGAAUAUAUUUGAAAACUGAGCAGUUUCAGCCAAGCCGAAGCAUUCUGUCUUCCCAGAGACAAAUCCAGCUUAGCUGAGCCACACAGAUAUAAGUCAUCAUGGUGAAAAGCCACGUAGGCGGCUGGAUUCUGGUUCUCUUUGUGGCCACAUGGAGUGACGUGGGGCUCUGCAAGAAGCGACCGAAGCCUGGAGGAUGGAACACUGGGGGGAGCCGAUACCCCGGGCAGGGCAGUCCUGGAGGCAACCGCUACCCACCCCAGGGCGGUGGCGGCUGGGGUCAACCCCAUGGUGGUGGUUGGGGUCAGCCCCAUGGUGGUGGCUGGGGUCAGCCGCAUGGUGGUGGUUGGGGACAGCCCCAUGGUGGUGGAGGCUGGGGUCAAGGUGGCUCCCAUGGUCAGUGGAACAAGCCCAGUAAGCCAAAAACCAACAUGAAGCAUGUGGCAGGAGCUGCGGCAGCUGGGGCAGUGGUUGGGGGCCUCGGCGGCUACAUGCUGGGGAGUGCCAUGAGCAGACCCCUCAUUCAUUUUGGCAAUGACUAUGAGGACCGUUACUAUCGUGAAAACAUGUACCGUUACCCCAACCAAGUGUACUACAGGCCGGUAAGUGAGUACAGCAACCAGAAAAACUUUGUGCACGACUGCGUCAACAUCACGGUCAAGCAGCACACGGUCACCACCACCACCAAGGGGGAGAACUUCACCGAGACCGACGUCAAGAUCAUGGAGCGCGUGGUGGAGCAGAUGUGCAUCACCCAGUACCAGAAAGAGUACGAGGCUUUUCAACAAAGAGGGGCGAGCGUGGUCCUCUUCUCCUCCCCGCCUGUGGUCCUCCUCAUCUCUUUCCUCAUUUUCCUGAUAGUGGGAUGAGGAUGGCCUUCCUGUUUCACCAUCUUCUCAAUCUUUCUUUACCGGGUUGGGGAAGGGCUGUCUACCUGCGGCCCUUUCAGUGGUGGUGUCUCCUUGCUUCUCUCUUCUCACCCGUAGGCUAAUACGCUUGGCACUGAUGGGCACUGGGGAAUGCAGAGCAGACCCCGGAUGCUAUUUAUUCAAGCCCUGUUUGAAUGAGUCCUUCGUGGGCCAGUGCUGGGCUGGGAAGAGGGUAACAGCAAAUAAUCAUUGGUUGAGCUAGGCUUAUCUUUUUGUCUAGUGCAACAGAUUGAGGGUAAAACAGUUCUCAAAACAGCCUUCAAAUACCUUUACCUAAAUACUUCCAGCUCCUUCUUCCAGCUAAAGCUCAGUACACUAAUGCCUCAUCUUAGCAGUGAUUUUGUAGCAAUUCGAAGAAAUUUUCUCAUCCGUUUUAAGAAAACCUGACUGAGUUUUCCUGUCUAAACAGCAUUUCUGCCAAACUUAAAAGGAGGCCACAUGAUACCCAUUCAAAAAAAAAAAAACUAGAAAUCCUUAGUUCUUGGGCCCAGGCUCAGCCAGCUGGAGAGCGUGUGCCCUGUGUCUACAGAGAACUGUGACAGUUUGCAUUUUGCAGGAUGGGCUGCACAGCAGCUCUUGCAUUGAGAGUGAGUAUUCGUGCAGCACUAGACCUCUGGGCAGAGGACAUUUUCACAGGGAAUGAACGCAACUAGGCUUCUGGGACUAAAAAAAUCCAACAUUUGGGAGUGGUGCCCUUGGAGGCAAGCUCCCGUUCUGGAUGUUUAAAGCACCUACAUGUGGCAUUCCUUUCUUUAGUAAACUAUAAAUAAUUAAACUAUAGAUAAUUAAGACAGUAAAAAAUUAAAUUACUUCUGGACACUGGAGCAAAUCUUUGUUUAGAAAGCUGGAUGAUUUUGACGUUGUUUCGGUGAAGCUAGGAGAUUUUAACAGAGGGAGCUGCAGCUGUAAAAACACCGUUGUUAUAGAGGAUUAUGGAAUGAAGAAAAUGACUAGUGUACAAAGAAAAGAAAUGCUUGCAUUUCUUCAUUGCUGUCUCAUGAUCAUCAAAAACCAGAAUUAGAUUCAGUCUUUAGUUUCUGUAAUUGGCUUUUGAGUCAAAGAAUAGGGGAGGAAUCAAAAAAAAAAUCUUAGGUUGGAGAUGACAGAAAUAUGAUCCACUUAGGGGGGAAAAAGUUUUGUUACUGUUAUUUAAGUAAAGUAAAAUUAUUCCCUGGAUGUUCAAUAUUGUCACCUCGCAGAUAUAUAUUACUAUUCUGCAAUGUUAUUGGCUUGCACUGUGCAGGUAUUCUAUGGAAAAAAAAAUAUAUAUAUAUAUAUUGCAUAUGACAAACCUAGACAUUUUGGUUAGAGCAGUUAACAUCUGAAGUAUCUAAUGCGUUACCUGUUUUUGUAAGGUACUAAAUAACCUGAUUUGUGGGAAACCCUUUUUCGUGGUCCUUAGGCUUACAGUGUGCACUGAAUAGUUUUGUAUGAAGAUCCAAAGUGGUCUUUGAAAUAUGCAUGUACUUUAUAUUUUCUAUAUUUGUAACUUUGCAUGUACUUGUUUUGUUGUAUAAAAAAUUUAUAAAUGUUAGUAUCUGACUAAAAUUAAACAGGAGCUAAGAUGAGCAUC